AUGUCAUCCUCCAGUGGUCCACUAAAUGAGGAACUCCAGUGCUCCAUCUGUCUGGAUGUGUUCACUGAUCCAGUCACCACUCCAUGUGGACACAACUUCUGUAGAACCUGCCUGAACAAGUGCUGGACAAACACACGUAUCUGCUUCUGUACAUUCUGCCAUGAAAUAUUCAGCAAAAAGCCUGAACUCAAGAUUAAUACAACACUCAGAGAGGUUGCACAACACUUUAAGGAGAAGCUCAAUCUGGGAAAAUCUGAAGUGUUCUGUGACAUGUGUGAAGAAAGAAAGCAGAAAGCUGUGAAGUCCUGCCUGAUGUGUCAAAGCUCUUACUGUGAGACUCACCAGGAGCCUCAUCUCAGAGUCCUAGGUCUAAAGAAACACACACUGAUCAACGCUGUGGAAAAUCUGGAGGAUUAUAUAUGCCAGAAACACGAGAGACCUCUGGAGCUGUUCUGCAGAGAUGAUCAGACGUGUGUGUGUUUGUCCUGCACUGAAGGAGACCACAGGACUCACAACACUGUUCCUAUAGAGGAGGAGAGUCAACAGAAGAAGAUUCAGCUGUUUCAGACACAGACAGAUGUGCAGCAGAUGAUCCAGAACAGAAUUAAGAAGAUUGAAGAGAUCCAGCACUCAGUAGAGAUGAGAAAGAGGAACACAGAGGAAGAGAAAUCGUCCAGUGUUGAGCUCUUCACUGAUCUGAUCCGCUCCAUUGAGAGAUGUCAGUCUGAGCUGCUGAAGAUGAUGGAGGAACAGCAGAAAGCAGCAGAGAAACAGGCUGAAGAUCUCAUUAAAGAGCUGCAGCAGGAAAUCACUGAUCUGAAGAAGAGAAACACUGAGCUGGAGCAGAUCUCACACACAGAUGAUCAUCUGCACCUCCUGCAGAAGUUCUCAUCCCUGUGCAGUCAUCCACACAUCAAGAACUGGACUGAGAUCAGGACUGAAUCUGAUGUGAAUGUGCUUCCUAUCAAAAGAGCUUUGAUUCAGCUGGAGAAAACUCUAAAUGAAAAACUCUGUCAAUCGGUGUCCACAGGGUUGAAGUGUCUGCAGAAGUUUGCAGUGGAUGUGACUCUGGAUCCUGAUACAGCACAUCCAUAUCUCAUCCUGUCUGGUGAUGGAAAACAAGUCAAUGAUGGAGAUAUUAGGCAGGACGUCCCAGAAAACCCAAAGAGAUUUGACGACAUUUGUGUUCUGGCAAAGGAAGGAUUCAGUUCAGGGAGAUUUUACUAUGAGGUGCAGGUGAAAGGAAAGACUGAGUGGGAUUUAGGAGUGGCCAGAGAAUCUGUUAAGAGGAAGGGAGAGAUCACACUGGCUCCUGAGGAUGGAUUCUGGACUGUGAUUCUGAGGAAUGAGAAUCAGUAUGAAGCUUGUGAUGAUCCACCUGUCUCUUUCUCUCUGAAAGUGAAACCUGAGAAGGUGGGAGUGUUUGUGGAUUAUGAGGAGGGUCUGGUCUCUUUUUAUGACGUGGGCUCCAGCUUUCACAUCUACUCUUUCACUGGUCAGAAUUUUACUGACAAACUCUAUCCAUACUUUAGCCCAUUCUUUAAUUCUAAAGGUAAAAACUCAAACCCACUGAUCAUCACACCUGUAAACAAAUAAAUUUCCCUGAAAUAU